CAACUUCAACAGUUGAACUCCCCCUCAAAAGCACCUCUUUCUUACAUAAACAACGCUCUCAAAAAAGGUCCACUCUCCUGUUUUCUCUCUUCUCUUUCCUCUUUCAUUUCUCCUUCUUUCCAAAAUCUAACACAAACCCACUUCCCAAAAUCUCUCCUUUUCCAAUACCCAAUUCCCCAAAAUCUCCAUAUUUUCUCCAUAAAUCAAAUCUAACCCCACUUAAUCCCUAAUUUCCCCUGUUUUUAAGCCACAAUGUCUUCAGAUGAUGAAGCAGAAGAAUACCUCUUCAAGAUUGUUAUAAUUGGUGAUUCAGCUGUUGGUAAAUCUAAUUUAUUAUCUAGAUAUGCAAGAAAUGAGUUUAAUAUGCAUUCAAAAGCAACAAUUGGUGUGGAAUUUCAAACACAAAGUAUGGAAAUUGAGGGAAAAGAAGUAAAAGCUCAGAUUUGGGAUACUGCUGGUCAAGAAAGAUUUAGAGCUGUUACUUCUGCUUAUUAUAGAGGUGCUGUUGGUGCUCUUCUUGUUUAUGAUAUUUCUCGCAGAACUACUUUUGAUAGUAUUGGUCGCUGGCUUGAUGAACUUACCACUCAUUCUGAUACAACAGUAGCACGAAUGCUUGUGGGAAAUAAAAGUGACUUGGACAACAUAAGGUCAGUAAGCAUCGAAGAAGGCAAGAACCUUGCUGAAGAGCACGGACUUUUCUUCAUGGAGACAUCUGCUAAAGAUUCGACCAAUGUAAGGAUGGCUUUUGAGAUGGUGAUCAAGGAGAUAUACAACAGUGUGAGCAGGAGAGUUCUCAAUUCAGACUCUUAUAAAGCUCAGUUAUCUCUUAAUAGGGUAAGCAUUGUUAAUGAUGAAAAGACGCAAAACCAAGGGUUUACUUCCUGUUGUUCUAGGUGAAUUUUCGCGGGCACAAAAUUGUCUGCACUCGGAAAUACACUGAAUUGUUUUUUCCUACAGUCAGUGCUUUUUAUCCUUAAUUAUUAUUUUUUUAAAAAUCUAUAUCAAUAUCAAAUUUUUGUACUUGAAACAUUAUAAUUUCCAAAUCAUAUUUGAGUGGUAUAGUAAAAGAUGCAUGACAUCCCUCAGCCCAAAAUUAAGGUGCUGAUUCUCAA